GCUGGCGGGCAGUGAUGGCGGCGGGUGAUGGGGACGUAAAGCUAAGCACCCUGGGGAGCGGCGGGGAGAGUGGCGGCGACGGGAGCCCGGGUGGCGCCGGAGCGACGGCGGCGAGGAGCAGUUGGGUGGCGGCGCUGCUGGCGACGGGCGGGGAGAUGCUGCUGAACGUGGCGCUGGUGGCGCUGGUGCUGCUGGGGGCCUACCGGCUGUGGGUGCGCUGGGGGCGGCGUGGUCUGUGCUCGGGACCCGGGGCGGGCGAGGAGAGCCCGGCCGCCACGCUGCCGCGCAUGAAGAAGCGGGACUUCAGCCUGGAGCAGCUGCGCCAGUACGACGGGGCGCGCACGCCGCGCAUCCUGCUCGCGGUCAAUGGGAAAGUCUUCGACGUGACCAAAGGCAGCAAGUUCUACGGCCCCGCGGGUCCAUAUGGCAUCUUUGCUGGCAGGGACGCCUCCAGGGGGCUGGCGACAUUCUGCCUGGAUAAGGAUGCACUUAGAGAUGAAUAUGACGACCUCUCAGAUUUGAACGCAGUGCAAAUGGAGAGUGUUCGAGAAUGGGAAAUGCAGUUUAAAGAAAAAUAUGAUUAUGUAGGCAGACUCCUAAAGCCAGGGGAGGAGCCAUCAGAGUACACAGAUGAGGAGGACACCAAGGAUCACAGUAAACAGGACUGAACUUUGUGAGCAACCAAAGCCAGGGGCCUUCAGAACUGCAGCUCGUACCCCUUUCAGAGAAUGUCCAGUCUUUGGGUGUGAUGCUCCUGCUGUGAGAAACACCUCACCAGCGUGAACAAGAUAAUCUGCCUGACUGAAGAUCUGAGGAUGAGGCGUUGGUUGUGCUGCCAGGUGAAUUUGUUGCCGUUGGUUGUAAUGUCUGGUGGGCUUCAUCAUCCUAAACAGGAGACAGGACCUUCUUAACAGCAAGAAAGUCACCGGGUCGUUUUUCCCCCUCCCCUGCCCCACCUUCCCCUCCUCCCCUUCUCUCUCUGCCUUCCUUUCUUUCCCCCACCCCUCCCAUGUCUCUCUUAAAACAAAAAAGUAUCAAAGACAACCAGAUAGGUAUUUGCUACUCAGUGUGCAGAUCUCUGGAAAGCAAGGGAUACUGUUUCACAGGCUGUGUUUUAUUUGUGUUAAGGGAAGAGCCCUGGGCAGGGAAGAGGGGUUGCAUAUUCAUUUAAGAAGUUCAGGCUACUGAAACAUUCAAACGUGAAUUCCCAAACUUUUCUUUCCGGGCUUUGUCAGAGAAGGGGGUAAAUGUCCUUCUAAGAAAGAUCUGGAAGUUAGAGGAAUAUCCAGCGGAUUGAAGUCAGCAGUUCCCAGCAACGAUAAUUUGAAACCAGUUUUAUUUCUUUCCCUUCCUUCCGCUAGGUCAAAUCAAUAUUAAUUGUGCCUUAUUUCACUUCCAUAAACUUGAAUUACUUUUUGGGAAAGCCCCUCUGUGAAUUGAGAAGUCACUACAAGCAGCAUUGAGCCUGAGGCUGAUGUCAUUCUGUGUGUAGAAUGGAAGAGGAGUACUCAGUGUUAACUGCCAUAUGUUAGAACACAAACAUAGCUAGCAUUGUGAUGGCCAAAUGCAUCCCCUGGGCUCUUUUCUUUUCCAAGAAAAAUUGAAAAACCAACUACUCUUCCCCAACAGCUGCCUAAUUUUAGGAGUCUGACCCUCACUCGUCACUGGUGUGGGUAGCAGGGCCGUGGUAUGAAUGUCUGUGUGAGUGAGUCUGGAUGUCUGUGAGAGCACCUUGGGGGAAACUUCCUGCGAUGCUGUAAAUACGAGUACCGUUUUAAUAAAGCAUGUACAAUAAACCAAAUAAGCUCGAGUCGGACUCUAAAUACAGAGCCGUGAGCCAGUGUGUCAUGUACUAAUACUGCAUUUGAUUCACGAUGAGGGGGAAACCCUCUUAGAAAUGAAAAUCAGGCCCUGACUAGCCAAGCUGUCCGUGUCCCAUGCUCAGUGUAACUUCCAAGGCAGGUCCACCUCUGUGGGUGGUUCAGGUAAGAAGGGAUAUUACAGUGGACAGUGCUCUCAGGCCUCGCUGCCACUCAGUGUGCUGGAAGCACCAGCCUUCCAAAGUAGGAACUGACAUAGAAACACAGUAUUGUACCCAUAGCCAGUAAAUCCCGUUCUUGUCAGUUAAAAAAGUUCUAUUUCAAAGCCUGCUUAGUUUGGGUUUUGGCUUCAUUAUGGUGGACUCUUAGUCAGGGACAGAUUGCUCUCACAGAGAAAAGCCCCAAGGAGGUGGCAUUAAAGACGUGUUCCUGACGGGUGCAGUGCAAGCAGAAGCUCGGGUUCGAUGGGAAGCAGAGGGCGAGCGGUGCUACACUCGUAGCAUGCUGGAAUAGCCUCCAGAAGUGUGCUUGUCACCACAUCCUGUCUGAAGAACUCAAGGAGACUGAAGAGUGUUGGGAAGUGCUUCCUUUAUAUGUAAAACACUUUCUAAAAGCAAAUUGUUAUAUAUUAUCUAUCCUCUGGUGUAGUAAAUUGGUGUAUCUGAACCAUUGAGCCUAAUAAUCUGCGAUUGCGAGAAGCCGCAGGUAUUCAUGCAGUAAAAAACAAUGCAUUUUGGUUUUUAAAAGGAAGUGGUUUUGUGUUUUGGACUUUAAAUAAACUGUGUUCGUAGAUAAUUUCUUAAUUCCAGUCAAAUGUCUCAUUGUUAGGUAGUGUGGUACCCAGACCUAGAGGGUCUGUAACCGGCCUGACUGAUGGGGGCGGGGGGUUAGGACACGUUUCUUUUCUUUUUUUUCUUUUUCUUAUCCUUCAGUGUUAGAAUUCAGACACAGGGCUUCACAUAUUGCUCAACCAUUUACAUCCCAGCUCCAAAGUAUACAUUCUUCCUAUCCACUGAGCCUAAAUCUGUUUGUGGUUCCUCCAAUCAAACGUACGAUUGGACAUGUUUGAGAAACACUGCAUCCACCUUUUGAAGUUGUGUGGUCCAUGUUUGCCAUACAAUAAAAGUUGAACUUAUAA